AGCUUCAUGCAACGUAAAUCACUUUAAAAGGAAACAAAGCGAGGACACCUCCCAUUCUCAUCUGACAUCUCCAUCUCAAACUCUCACUUCCUCCUUGAUUUAGAGUGAGCUUUGGCCGCAACUGCUGGCAUUCACCCACUUCUCUCCAUCUGUCAGAGUCCAGCGUUUCAUCCUCUCGCCUCAGGCGCCAGAGUCCCUCCCAAGCCACAGUUCUCAGGUGAUCAUGUCUAGGAAGGUGGUCAGGACCAGUAAGUUCCGCCAUGUCUUCGGCCAGGCGGUGAAGGCGGACCAGUGCUAUGAUGACAUCAGGAUCUCCCAGAUGACCUGGGACAGCAACUUCUGCUCUGUCAACCCCAAGUUUGUGGCCAUGAUUGUGGAUGCCAGCGGUGGAGGAGCUUUCAUUGUCCUGCCCCUGAGCAAGGUGCAUCCAGAUAGCAUUUCAGACUCAUUAACUACCAUCUGGGAGAUUCCAGAUGGGGGUCUCAUAUCACCACUGAAGGACCCAGUUGUGAAGCUGGACGGUCACUCUAAACGUGUGGGCAUCCUCAGCUGGCACCCCACUGCCCACAAUGUGCUAAUGAGUGCAGGCUGUGAUAACGUGGUCAUCCUGUGGAACGUGGUUCAUGGAGAGGCAGUGGUGCGCAUUGACUCGAUGCACACUGAUCUGAUCUACAGCGCUUGCUGGAACAGAAACGGCUCUCAGAUCCUCACUUCCUGCAAGGACAAGAAAUUACGAGUGAUAGACCCCCGCAAGGGCUCCGUCAUCUGCGAGAAGGACAAGCCUCAUGAGGGCUCCAGGCCAGUCAGAGCUGUGUUUGUGUCUGAUGGGAAGAUCCUGACCACCGGUUUCAGCCGCAUGAGUGAGCGUCAGGUGGCGCUGUGGGAUCCUAACAACUUCAGUGAGCCCUUGAACCUGCAGGAGCUGGACACCAGCAGUGGGGUGCUGUUGCCUUUCUUUGACCCUGACACUGGUGUAGUCUACCUUUGUGGCAAGGGUGACAGCAGCAUCAGAUACUUUGAGGUGACGGACGAGGCCCCAUACGUUCACUAUCUCUCCAUGUACAGCAGUAAAGAGAGUCAGAAGGGCAUGGGCUACAUGCCUAAGAGAGGCCUGGAAGUCAACAAGUGUGAGAUUGCAAGGUUCUAUAAACUCCACGAGAGAAAGUGUGAACCUAUUGUAAUGACUGUGCCUCGUAAGUCUGACUUGUUUCAAGAAGACCUUUACCCCGACACAAUUGGUCCAGAGCCAUCAGUGGAGGCAGAUGAUUGGUUUUCUGGUAAAAAUGGGGCACCAAUCCUGAUCUCCUUGAAAGAUGGUUUUGUGGCUACCACCAAAAACAAAGAGUUCAAAGUCAUCAAGAGCUUGAUGGCCACCACAUCAUCUUCCUUAAGCAACCGACAGUCUGACAGUGUGGACGUGCAGGCCUUGCAGAAUGAGGUGAACGAGCUGAGAGAGAUGGUUGAGCAGCUGACCAAGCGAGUGAGCGACCUGGAGAGCAACUAACUGAAGAGAGACCCCAAUAGAAUGAGAGAAGGUUUAAAAGAAAAAUGCAAAUGGACAUGUACAAGAUAUGCAAAUAAUGAAGUCUUAAAAGGUGUACAUUGGAAAGAACAUUUUGUAGAAUUAUGUGACAUUUUUUCAUGGGAUACCAUUUUACAGUCCAUUUCAGACCAAAUUUUGCUCUUCAGGGAUUUCCUUUUUUUUAAAGAAUUUUUAAUGUGACCAGAUUUGUUUGAAGCCUUUUAAUAUAUGUUUUGUAGGAUUUGAAAUAAAUGCCAGUGUUAUUUUAA